CGGCCGCGACGCAAGCGACGCAAGCGAGCCCCAGUUGUGCUCGUCUACUUGAUUAAGAGCGUGCGCGCAGUGCGCUGGUACUCGUAAAAGCGCUAAAAGGCUCCAACGGGCCACGCCAUCGCGCGGCUUCACGCGAGUACAAAGUCUUGAGGUUAGCAGCAUCUACAGCAGCCAAUGCCCCCGCGGAAGCGCAAAAAGAAGGCCGCGGCCGCCAAGAAGGAGGAGGGCGAGGAGGAGCCUGUCGAGGAGGCCGAGGCCGAGGAGCCCGCCGCCAAGAAGCAGGAAACCGAGGCCGGCGAGGAGCCCGCAUUGGUACAUGUAGUGUCGUCGUCGGAGCCCGCGCCCGCCGCGCCGGCGCCGCCGCUCGACGCCGAGGUCGCGAGCCUGCUCGCGUCGGCCCGGGAGGCGGUCGCGCCGCAGCCGUCCGUGGUGUCCGCGCCGCCGCAGCCGUCGGUCGUACAAGCAGCACCGCAGCCGUCGUACCACGCUCAAUUAGCACAAGCGCGAGCCGCUCCGCAAUCCUCUUACUAUCCCCAACAAGUGCAAGGGUCGCCCGAUCCUUUACCCGGCGACGACACGAACCCCACGAAACUGUUCGUCGGCGGCCUGAGCAUGGUGACGUGCAAGGAAGACUUACAAGAGUACUUCGGGCGCUUCUCGGCGGUCCACGACGCGGUGAUCCAGAAGCACCGCAUGACCAAGCAAUCUAGAGGAUUUGGCUUCGUUACGGUGGCGUCGCGGAAAGCCGCAGACAGGAUUUUAGGACAAAAACAUGUACUGCAAGGAAGGACGCUCAACGUCACAAACUGCAAGGGCGAGAACCAGGGCGCCACGGGCGACGUCACGGGCCUGACAAAAUUGUAUGUUUCUGACUUGCGGCAGCACCACACGGAGCAGGAUUUGGAAGUAGCGUUUUCUCGUUUCGGCGCUUUAAGGGAGGUCGUCGUGAUGCGGCACCAGGACACGGGCGAGCCACGAGGGUUCGGCUUCGUGACCUUCGCCGAGCACGAGCAGGCCAAGGCGGCCGUGGCGUCUGGGUUUUGUACGCUAGGAGCCGAUCAGGCACGCUGCAAAGUCGUCUUCGCGUCGCCGCGGCCGCCGCCGCGGGGCGGGCCGCGCGGCCCGAUGUUUCCGCCCCGCGGACCGCCCGGGCCUGGUUAUGGCUAUGGAUAUCCGCCGCCACAGCCUGGGUACGGCUACGGGCCUCCGGGCGGCUACCCGCCGCCUCAACAGGGCUACGCGCCUCCCGGCCAGAGACAGCCGCCGCCGCGCCAGCCGGGCUACUCGUUCGUGCCCCAAGGUCCUCCACAGGGCCCGCCACAGGGCUACGGCGGCGGCGCACCACCGCCUUACCCGCCCUACCCGCAGCAAGGUGGUCAGGCGCCGCCGUACCCGCCGUAUCCACAGCAAGGCGGCCAGGCGCCCCCCUACCCGCCUUACCCUCAGCAGCAAGCACCGCAAGGCGCGCCGCCGGGCGCGCCGCCGCAGUACGGGGCACCGCCGCCCCAGGGCCAGUACGGCGGUCCUCCUCAGGGCUACGGAAACGCGCCGCCUCAGCAAUACGGCGGUUCGCCUCCUCAGGGCUACGGUGCGCCUCAGGGCCAACCGCAGUACGGCGCCCCGCCGGGACAGCCGUACGGCGGUGCUCCGCCCCAGGGACAACCGUAUGGCGCUCCGCCGCCGGCCCAACAACCAUCCCCGUACGACGGCGCGCCCGCCUACCCGGCCCGCGCCGACGGCGCACCGCCUCGACCCCCGGGCCCGUCGUACUGAGUUCGCUGAGACUAUUAUUCCGACGUUCGCCGAGACCUAUCGAGAUAUUAUGAUGAGACACUAAGAGACGAGAGACGACCCGCCGAGAUCGAGACAAGCCUAUGAGACAACGAGAAGAAUUCCACACGAGACUGAUGCAGAGACCGCCGCGACGAUCGGUGAGAUUGUGAGCAAGAGACGAGCCGAAGAGAUGAAGAGAUUACCGAGACGACGAUCGAGACGCGAGACGAGGGGGGGUGCGUUUCUUCAUUCAGGUGCGUUUACUUCAUCGGCGGCGUGAGAGACGGCGACGGGCGGGCAGGACGUUCUCUUAAUUCACACUCAUAUAGACCAUAACUUAGUUGAGAAGCGG